AUGAAGGUGAUCCAACAGAGGAAUGUAUACUUUGUCGACCUAAGCAAGUGCAUAUACAGAGGAUUUUCCGAGACAACGAUUCAGAGGCUGCCUGGAGAAAGCGUGGCUGUGUACCGAUCAAAAGACCUGGCCAUUUUGAGUGUCGAUGUCAUGGCCUCUGGCGGUUCAAGAGGCGUGGAUUACACGGUUAGGGAUGCAACAGAUGCAAUCCGUGGAUACGAAAAGUCUUUUCACAGAGACAUGUGGAAAAAUAUAAGCACAGACGGUACGCUUGAGAUCCGUAUUCCUGAAGAUGUCGGGGAGGAUACAUUUACAGUGAGGAUUCUCUAUGAGGCAGAAGAAAAUAACGAUUCCAUAGAGUUCUAUAGACCUGUUUCUCCGGAAGAUAAGCACAUGGAGGUGGUGGCCACCAACAGAAUGUUCGAUUCAUCCUCUAUAUUUCCAUCACUUUCGACAUCCUACAAGAAUAGGUGGGAGUUGGUUUAUGUUUUGCCUAAUAAUGAUGAAACGAAGAUCACAUCUCCUGGGAUUCUUAAGAGCAUACGAGAAGAGGAAAAUGUUAUCCUGUAUUCGUACAUAGUAGAUAUGGCCCACAGCGGGGCAUUGAACUUUUGCGUUGGGACAUUCGAUAGUUACGAGGUUUCCACUGGAGACGACAGAAAGGCCGUAUGCAUUCCAAAAGGAUUUGAUGGGUACAAGGACUGUGUCCGGGAGUUCUGCUGCGACAUUGAGAACCUGAUUAGAUACUCCGAGUACUUUCUUCAGAGGGAGUAUCCAUUCAAGGCCCUUUCGACUGUAUUUGUGUUUGGAGAUGCAGACAGGGUAUAUGGACAGAACACCGCCUUUCUAGCUGUAUCAAACCUCACAUCCUCAAACGACAUCGAGCCGAUGUUUCUUCUGAAAAGGAUAGUAUGCGAUAUAUUGAGCUCCCAGAUGUUCUACUUCUACUUUUCUGUGGUGGACAGGGCAGACUUUUGGAUUUCCGAGGGGAUGAAAGGAUAUUUCCAGGACUAUUGCGUUAGACACUUCUUGGGAAACAACGAGUUUCUGUACGGACUCAAAAAAGACAGAGAUUAUGUGUUAGACAGAGAUGUCAUGGAGUAUGCCCUGUAUGACACCCGAAGAACAUUCCUUUCAAUGAGAGGAAAGUUCUUUAAAACCAAGUCCAAGGUCUUCUUUCAUCUUCUCGAGGGGAAUCUUAGUAGAGCCUUCAUGGAAAAGAUUCUGAAUUACACCAUGAAGAGAAGGAAUGAUGUCAAGGAGGACUACAGUUUUGAAUUUGUCAGACUUGUGAAGGAUGUCACCGGAAAAGAUCUUCGAUCUCUUUUUGAAACCUAUGUGUUUAAGCCAGGAGUGGUGAGGGUAAAGCUAGGGUUUACGAUAAACAAGAAGAGCAAUAGAGUGGACUUCACUGCCAUGCAGGCACCGACUAGUAUUUUUUCAAAUGGCAACAGGACAGUGUGUGGUCCCGUAACUAUCUGUAGCUAUGAAAUGGAGGGGGUAUUUGAGCAUGUGUUUAUGCUGGAUCGGGACAACCACUUCUACUACCAUCCUAAAACCAAAAAGAAGAAGAAGUCUGAAGAGGAGGAAGAGGUGAUGCCCUUGCUGUGGGUAAGGGCGGAUCCAAAGGGAGAGCAUCUGGCAAAGAUAAUUGUGGAACAGCCGGACUACAUGUUCAUAGAGCAGCUUCUCGACAAAAAUGUUGUCGGGCAGAUGGAGGCGCUUGAAAGCCUCUCGACAAAGCCAUCAACUCAGGUUUGUGAGAUACUUGAAAGGGUUCUUGAAAACACCCACAUCUUUUAUAAGAUAAGGAUUCACAUACUGUAUAUCCUUUCCAGGACAACGGUCGGGAACUACUACGGAUUUCAAAGGCUCAUCCAAUUUUUUGUAAAGAAAUACUGCGUUCAGACGUCCACGGUGGUCAAGCCGAAUGAUUUUUCAUUCAUUCCAUACUUCAUACAGAAACAUCUUGUAAGGGCGCUGUCAAUUGCGGAUCCCUUUGUUUUUCGAAGCUACUCUGGAAGAGAGGUAGGAUCUGCAAACAUCAUUUCUGCAUUUAUCAUCAACAUACUCAAGUUUAACGACAAUUCAUUCAACUCAUACAGCGAUGGGUGGUACAUAUCCUCUGUGAUUGAAAGCAUAAGCCUUCCUCUUUCUUCGAUGAGCUUUCCUGAGUUUUAUUCCAGCAAGCACACGAAAUCCAGAUGCAAAAGAGACACCUUCCGCAACCAAGAAAAAGCAAAUGACGAUAUAAACGACCUGUUCAAAAUAGAGAAGUUGGGCAGCAAAAGCGUUAAGGGCAUCAUUUCAUCAAUGGACGGAUCUCCUGCGCCGGAGGACAAAAGAAGUGUAGAUGUGGCUAGUCUAGACGAGGACUAUGAAAACAGGGCAUCGCUCUUCAGCCAUAGGGACAACGGGAUGUCGAAAGAGGGAAGCAAUGGGUCUUUGGGUGGUUGUAAAGGCUUGCCUCACAACAAGGCCGAGUCCUUGGAAAGCCCCGACUACCUCCAGCUUUCUAUUUCCGAGAUCGAAAGGUUUCGGAUUUUGGAUAUGGUUUUCCCAUCUCACAGAAACCUGGUGACUAAGUCCUGCAUCUAUGCCCUGGGACGACUCUCCUUGUUUGGAAUGACGAAUUUGAAGAAGGAUGCUUUAAUUCAACUUUCGAAAUAUCCUAAUUUUUGCAGUGUCAGGAUCGCAGCACUUGAGGUUUUACUUGUUCUGUUUUAUGAGGAUGAAGAGGCCAUUGAGGUAGCUUUCGAAGUGUUCUCGGGAGGGUCAUUUACCAUCAAGCGAACGGCUUUGGAUGUCAUGAUGACUCUUGGGCUGUCUCCAAAAUUCAACUUUAAAAAGGUUUUGAAAGGAAAGAGAAAGGAGCUGUUCGAAUUGUUAAGGUCUAACCAGGGAAACAUUGUUAUCAAAGAAAAGAUUGCUGACCUAAUAUAUCUUGUAGAGGAUAUGGAGCUAACACACGAUGAUUAUCGUAAGGUGGUUGUCGGGGUUUAUGAGGGAACGCUGCCUGCAGACUCACGUAAAACAAUCAACCGUUUGGGUAGAGAGUUUAUAGGAGACAGGCACGUGGCUUUGAGACUGAGCAACAUGGAUGUGCUCAAAAGGAAGCUUCUGGAGAUAGAAUACCUUGUCAGGGUUCCUGUUCCAGAAAAGAAGAAGAUUUCUUACGACGAAUUUACAGAACAGGAAGAGAAAAGAUCUCCACAUCCGGAUGUGGAGCCUGACUUGCCCAAAAGAAGCGCUUACGGGAAGCACCUUGAUAGAAAAGGAAAAGACGGCUUAGGAGACGUAAAGAGAUGCAAUAGACAGGAUCGUUCUCAAGCAAAAGCUGACACCCUAAGUGUUGGUACCAUGGUUAGGAUUCCAGCAUCUUUCAAAAUCAGACUUAGGCAUCCUGGAAGGUAA